UAGUUCUGUAGCUCGCCAACAGUGUCCCGCAUCAGGUUUGCUGCCAAGCAAAGCAUUGAUUGACUUUCAAUCCAUCUUUUUGACUUGGGCUUGACUUAUCUGGUGUUUUAUGGUAAUUAUCUGCUACCCUUAGCCACAUGUUCAUGUUCAUCCAAGGUUCGUCUGAAGCUGCUUAUUUAUUUUGCACCUUUGGACUUGGGCAUCCGUGAAUGACUUGCAACAGAGAAGAAGAAGGGGGAAAAAAUCCAAACCUCACAAACUCUCGUCGCGGCGACCCCGACCGAGGCAAAAUCCAUUCGUGCCUGAGAGAGCGGCCGGUUUUUAUCUUCACGAGUGGCUGACAUCGAACCGGUCCCCUGACUGAAGUUAGCCAAGUCGGUGAAGCGACAUGAAUCUACAAAGACAAAAGACUAAAGAAACUGCUCUUUCUUAGCGUCUGUUUUUUUUUCUACAGUAGUCUGCAUACCUACAGUACCUGCCUUGCCUAUCCCACCUUACCUUAUCACCUGGGCUACCUGACCGUUACCGAAGAGUACCGGCUUUAAAACCCCAAACGUUCAUAUCGGCGCAAUUUCAGACUAUUCCCCCACAAAUUCUAGAUAAACUCAAAACCCCUGGUGGGUCGAAUCUUGGGGAUUCAAAGCUUUGUCAGAAAUAAUGAGGUCCUUGGAGGAAAACAAGACGCGAUGGCAGGAAACAGUCAAGCAGAGCAAGAGCUUCGACGAACUCCAAAGAGCGGUCAAAUUCAACGCUCCCGACAGUCCUUGUGAAGCUGGCUGUCGCUCAGUUUGCUGGAAAGCAUUUCUCUUAUUUCAGAAUGCACCUUCCAGCAGCUGGUCGCAUUUGUUGCUCGAAGCCAGGAACCAGUAUAGCAGCCUAAGAGAGCACCAUUUGCUGUACAUUAAACAUCCCGAGAAGCUUGCUGAGCUCACAGUCGAUCCCUUGGCCGAUGAUCCAUCCUCACCUUGGGAUACCUUCAGACAGGACGAGACAAUCCGUGCCGAAAUUCUUCAGGACGUCCGCCGACUACCCGACGAGCCUGUUUUCUACCACCAAGAAGCUACGCAGACCUUGAUACUCGAUAUUCUAUUCCUUUGGUGCAAAACUCACCCUGAGUGUGGUGGCUACCGGCAGGGUAUGCAUGAGUUGUUGGCACCGAUGGUCUACGCCGUACAUCAGGAUGCAGUCGAUCGCACCGCCGCAACAGAGGCCCUGGCCGACCCAACAAUGGUCGAGAUGCUUGAUUCCUACUUUGUGGAACACGACUCGUUUGCGCUCUUCUCAGCUGUCAUGCAAAAUGCCAAAGUUUUCUACGAGGUCAAGUCUGACUCUCAGUCAGGGAGCAGCUUGGGUUCAACGCCUGCUGUGGCCACCACCACGACCUCUACUGAGCAAAGUGCUAUUGUGGAGAGGAGUAGACAGGUCCAUGAGGUCACCUUGAUGAAGGUUGAUCCGGAGCUGUCAACCCACCUUAGCAGUGUCGACAUAUUACCACAGAUCUUCCUAAUACGUUGGAUACGCCUUCUCUUUGGGCGUGAAUUUCCCUUUGAGCAGCAGCUUGUUCUCUGGGAUACCAUGUUUGCAUUUGAUCCAAAUCUAGAGCUUAUAGAUCUCAUUUGCGUGGCCAUGUUGGUCAGAAUAAGGUGGAGCUUAUUGGAUGCGGACUAUUCCACGGCUCUACAGACACUACUCAAAUAUCCCGCACCACAGCCGCCACACGGGCCACAUACCUUUGUCGAUGAUGCCGUCUAUCUUAGGGAUCACCUCAACCCGGCAGGUGGUGCAGCUCUGAUCCUCAAGUACACCGGACGAGCACCGGCCCAACAAACAGAGAGGCAACAGUCCCCGUCGACGUUCGCGAGUCCUGGCGGUUCACGUUCAUCCACUCCAAACUUUGGCUUCAACAGUCUUCGUGCCUCUCGAAAUUCCGGGGCUCGGUCCUCGCCAUCUUCGGCAGCACGUUUCAUCCAACAGCAAGCAAACGUUGAGGCUUUAUUCCAGGGUGCGGCAAAGAACUUUAUUGAGCAUGGGGAGCGACUCGGUCUUAACCAGGCAGUGCGUGACAUCCGCCGUAAUGUCCAGCAGAGCAUUCAGGAGGCCCGGAAGGCCGCUGCUGUGAGGAGCGCAGCCGCUGCCAGCUCUAAUGCGUUUGGGAUUUCCAACAAUGGUUUCGGCAACGAGCUUCCAUCGGCUGCAGCGCUUGCUAGGCGCAAUCGCCAACUCGCCGCUAUGCUCGACGAGGCGGUCGCCGGGUUGCGGAACCUGGCCGCUGCAACCGCGCAAGAAACAUCAUCCGACAGUGGUGAGUCCAGCAGGACCGCCCAGAAGGACGCAAUUGAGAUGGCUGCUGCGCGUGUGCAGUUCGUGCAAGUCUAUUUGGAGGACUCGAGCCUCAUACUUCCAGAAGAGGAACAGCCCUCGUCCAAUCAUGCAGGAGCAAGCCAAGGACACAAGGACCAAACGCUAUCGCCCCCACUGGAUGUAACUCCUGAUAACGAGCCAUCUCUGUCUCCGAGCACCAAUGCUGUGCUUGAUGCUGUACGAGAUGACCUGCGGUCGUCACCUACUAGGUCGGCUAGGGGUCGUGGUGAUACCAAAGAAGUAGUCCCCUCGCCGAACCCAAACGCCAUCGCCGAAGAGGAUGAGAGUGCUGAUAAGAUGGAUACUGACGAUGCUCCUCCUGCGUCUGCCAUCACACCGACGGAACCAAAAUCCAAGACAGCGGAAGCACAAGCAAAGCCGCCGCCCUCAGCACUGAAAGAGCGACGACCGCCGCCGAUCCCGACCCGUUCUACCAUUGCACAGUCGUCCUUCUCAUGGAUGUUGGAGCCUGAUGUAUCGCCCUCAGCAGCAGCGGCAGCGAGCGCAGCGGCGUUGGCAACGUCGCCGAAAUACAAGACGCCUAGGUCUUCGUCCACCGGGCCAUUUUCGUCUUCGGCACCACCGUCAAAUAGAAAACGGAUGCCGGCAAGCAGAGAAAGGAACGCGUUUCUAUUCGGUGAGGUGACCACGCCACCGGAAGAUGGCGAAGAGGGUUUAUCCAGUAGGAGGAGGAACGGGCCGGUGACUUCGGAAGAAAUUUUUGGGCUUGAACCGUUGAGGAAGGCCCUUCCGCCUUCCUGAAAGAUGUUUGAGGGCCAGCGACGUAAUACGCGACUGACUGCGGCGCAAGCACAGGGGGGCCUGGCGGGCUUCUCAUCAAACUGCAAUUAUGGAUGAUGUGUCUUCUGUAUGACCCGGCUUGGGCAAGAAGAAGAACAGGGAUAGUGGGAAGCAGAUUUCACAAGUGAUAGCGGUGGCAGAAAGGCAAUGAUUAUGACUAAGUAUGGAUUCCAUGACGUUGACCCAAUUACCCUGCCGCAAUAUUCCCAAGUUUAUUAUAAGGUAUAAUAUACACAAAUGUCAAACCUAACGUUCCCAACCCUCACUCGACCCGUACCCUCCUCUCAAUCUUGAUCCACAUAUCCUCAAAGUAGCUCACGCCGCCCUUGACAACGUAGCGC